AUGGCAGUGCUAGCGGCAGCACAAUUGUUAGAUGAGCUAAUGGGAAGACAUCGAAAUACAAAUCCAAAUGAAAAAAUAAAAAAACCGAAUUGGGAAGAUCCAGAAUAUUGUAAAUAUUACAUGGUAAAAUUCUGUCCUCAUGAUUUGUUUGUCAAUACAAGAGCAGAUCUUGGGGCUUGCCCUAAGGUACAUGAUGAUGAAGUUAAAGAACUCUUUGAAAAAGCAGAUUCUUCGUAUAAGAAAGCUCAAUAUGUUGAGGAGUUUUUACGAUUUUGUCGUCAUAUGAUUAGUGAUGUUGAAAGAAAGAUUCAAAAAGGUAAACAGAGGUUAGAAUUGAUGAAUUCAAAACCUGAAGGUCCACCUAUGACUCAAGCUCAAACUGAGAAAAACCAAGAACAGGUGAAGCUGCUAUCUGAGAAGAUAACAGGUUUAGUAAGAGAAGCAGAAGAAGCUGGAACUUGUGGUAAUGUUGAACAAGCUCAAGGACUCAUGAAAUUGUGUGAUAGGUUGAAAGAAGAAAAAGAGCAACUUCUAAAACAGCAAGAGAAUAGCCAUUGGUCAAUGACUGCAGAGUUAGCGGCUGCUCAAGAAAAGCAAAUGGAAGUGUGCCCCGUGUGUGGCGCCUUUCUGAUUGUUGGUGAUGCUCAACAAAGAAUAGACGAUCAUCUUUCAGGGAAACAACAUGUUGGCUACUUUAAACUCCGUCAAGCUUACGAAGAGAUGAACGAAGCUAGGGAGAAAGAGCAACAAGAGAAGGAGCGCAAGCGUAGAGAGGAGCGUGAGAGGGAGCGCAGCAUCCGCGGCGGGGGUCUCGGCUCCGACCGCCGCGACAGGGAGCGCAUGGAGAGGGACAGGGAGAGGGAUAGGGAGAGGGACAACAAGGAUAAGGACAAGGAUAAGGAUAAAGACAAGGAACGGCAUCGAUCAAGUCGUGAAGAUCGAAGCGGACGCCAUGAGGAGCGGGAGCGUGACCGUGACCGCGAGCGGGACAGGGAGCGCGAGCGUGACCGCGACAAGGAUCGCGAGAGGGAGCGUGACCGCGACCGCGAGAGGGAACGUGACCGCGAUAAAGAGCGUGAACGUGAUAGGAAACAUCGCAGGGAAAGACGAUCCUCACACGAGCGGUCCCGUCGGCGUUCACGCGAGCGCCAC